GCUACUGUAGGUUUAUGACGGUAUGGAGAGGAGUGACUGUACAAUGUAAUCUGGGCUGCCAGGUAUACUAGGACAGCUCUCAUAACACCUUCAUAAUCCUAUAUAGCUAAUCCAUAUGCUUACUGCUACAACAGUUCUCUGCACAGCAACAGGAACACUCGGGAUGUAUGACUAUCAAACAUACCUCAACAAUGGACAGGGUUAGGAGAAAGUUCACGUCAAAGUGUGGUCAUGUAGAAAAUUGUAAUUAAAUUUCCAUUGUGUUUUGACAAAAAAAAAAUGUCGCUUGUAUUAUAAACGUGCACUAUCUUAUACAUAGCAAACAUGUUUUAAUUUGUAGUGGCUGUUUAUUUUUGUUUCUUUGUCAAAUGGUUAAUUCACUCUGAUCUGUGUUUUACGACAAUGUUCAUUCAACAGCUUUAUUUUACAAGUAGGAUGUUCAUAGAUAGUAGACUACCGACCUUUCACCAUAAUUCCACCAGGGUUCGCCAUUGCAUUUCACCUGAAAGCGCAACGAACGCCUGUCCUACUGAAUUGACCAUUUCGAACUUGUUUAUAGUAUAUCUUGAUCAAUCGGAUGCAUAGGCUACAAACAACUGAAUAAGUGAAUUGUAAUAUAAACAUUGUUACAAACGUCUAGGCAAGGAACCCCAGUGCGCACAAAGUAGUCGAAUAUUUUCCAUCCAUCUCAAACCACCUACUCAUUUGUCAUUGAGCGACUUUCUUUUCUGGAAACAAAGUCGCUGGUAAAGGUGGUGAUUGUUCCGGGUAGAGGCCUAAAGCACUAAUGAAAUGUGUUCGUUAACAAAUUCCGGUGUGGUUUUGCAAUGUGCUUACCACCAGCACUAACUGAAAAAGUGAGAUAGAGGAAGAGAGAGGGAGGGGAACUGAAAUGACGAACACAAUGGAUUUAGUAUUUAGUAAAAUUGCUUUAAUAAUGUAGGAUAUAUUUUAUUUAUAUUUUUUUAUAGAGGUUUGUAAAUUAUUUAUGCGACACCAUGGACUCUAACAUAAUGGACAUUCUAGAAGAAUUCAUGGAAAGUGCGUUGGUGACUUGGGUACAGCUCUUUGAUGGUGUAGUGGACAGGGAGGAGAAUGUCAUGCUCUUCAACCAGUACAUGGAGGUGAACUCCAAGUCCCAGAAUUCCCAUGACCGCUACCUGAGGCUGACCAAUGGGAUCUUUCUCAACGAGGUCAUGAGGGUCAUAGACCCCAACCCCAAGCUGGAGCAUUUGUACCGCAGUGGGAGAGAUGACCAGAUGCUCCGAGUCCAGAACUUCUCCAUCCUCAACCGACACCUCAGGGCCUUCUACCAGGAAGACCUACAGCAGCUGAUUCUGAUGCCUCUUCCGAACAUUGCCAUUUUGGGGCAAGACCCCCUAACAGAGGCAGCAGUGGAGGAGUUGAGGAGAUUGCUCCUGCUCUUACUGGGAUGUGCUGUACAGUGUGAGAGGAAGGAAACAUUCAUACAGCAAAUCCAGUCGCUGGACAUCGAGACUCAAACUGCCAUUGCCAACUGUAUCCAGGAGGUGACCCAGGACCCCAGAGCGGUGCUGCCGCUGCAGUGGGGGGAGCUGGGAGGGCUGGAGGGGGUGGAGCUACAGGUGCUGUUUGGCUCCAUGGCCAGACAGAUCCAAGGCCUGCUGGCACAGAGGGACACACACCUGGAGAGGAUAGCAGAGUUGUGUUGGAAGAGUGAGGUCCAUCAGGCUGAGUCUGUCAUGGCAACCCGAGGUGGUCACGUUGACGAGCAGCCCCAGGGUCUGGCUGUCCAGCUAGCAGACAGCAGGGCCAAACUACGACGCCUCAAACAAGAACUGGAAGACAAAGGGGAUCAACUAUUGGAUCACAAGCAGGAAGUACAAACUAUGGACGAGCAGCUGAAGAAACUUCAGAAAGAGAACCGCAGUCUUCAGGGUGAGGUGCGGGGAAUGCGAGCGUUGCGUGACGAGCUGGACUGUCUUCGUGACCGUGCAGGCAGAGCCGAGCAGCUGCAGACAGAAGUACAGAGCUGCACUCAUAGACUACGCAGCCUGGAAGUCACUCGCACACAACUGAAGGAGCAGCAGCAGCUGUGUGUGGCACUGCAGGAGACCCGGGUCCUGCUGGAGGAGCAGCUGGUGGACACACGACAACGCUGCUCGAGCCUACGUGAGCUGGAGAGAGACAAUCUACUGCUGCGACGAAGACUCAUAGACCUGGAGGGGGAGCGGGAUACUGAGAGGCAGAGGGUCGAUGAGCUGUUAGAGAUGAAUAUGGGCCUGGAGGCAGAGCUUAGACAGGAGCUUAGACAUAACAACAAUACAGGCACGAUGACAGCGGCUCCACAUUUCCACCAAUUGGAGGUGGAGUCUGAUGAGGAGGCUGGGCUAAGAGUGGAGCUAAGAGAAGAGAUUGAUCUGAAGCCUCUGAGUGUGGAGGUGGGCGAGGCAUCGUCACUGAGGCUUCUGGGAGCUGAGAAUGAGAACGCUGAGCUGAGGAGACGCCUGGAGGACCUGCAGUCCGAACAGGAGUUCAGGGGUCAGAGGCAAGCUGAUUUGCCGGAGGUGAGGGAGGAGCUGGCCUGUCUGGAUGCAGAACAUCAGAAUACGCUAAGAGAGUUUCAGAACGUCAAGAAUGAAAAUGCCACUUUGAAAAAGAGCCUGGAACUGCUGUUGACAAAGCGUCAAAGUAUUGAGGAAGAAGGAGAGAAGGAGGAGAGGGGAGAGAAGGAGGAGAGGGGAGAGAAGGAGGAGAGGGGAGUCCAAGGUUCUGAGUCCUCAAGAGGAGAAGGGGAGGGUACUGCCCGGAGAGGGUUGGACAGCGAAAGGGGAGCCAACAUCAUUAGAACCCAAAGAGAAGCUGGAGUUGGGGCAGAGCUGCUCCAUCCUGAAGAGAGAGAGGUGGAAGCAGAGGAUCAGGUGCUGAAACCCAAAAAGAGAGAAGAAGAAGCAGAAUGUGAGAAGAUAGAGAGAGAGAUAAAACAUGUUACAAAUGAGAAGGAAGAAGAUCUUGGGAAGGCAGAUAUUGACCGGAAAGAGAUACAAGACCCCAGCCCAGCCACUGAAGAAGAGAAACUACCAAAAACAAAGGAGAGAGAAGACAAAGAAAAGUCAGUGGAACUCAGUGAAAAAGACGUGUGUGUGUUCCCUGGGCCUGAAGUGGAGCGCCUGGCCUCUGAGCUCCAGCAGGCCCUGGAGGAGGCUGACAAGCAUGUGUCUGUAGCCCAGGACCUGCGCUCCAAGCUGGGGGAGCAGAGCAGGAAAGCCUGGGAGGCUGAGCAGAGACUGGUGCUAUUGGAGGCCGAGGGCCAGAGAUUGAGGAAGGCUUCAGAGAGCCUGGCGGAGGCUAGGAGACAGAUAGAGGUGCUACAGGGGGAGCGCCUGGAGAUGGAGGAGGAGCUAUGUCGUCUGCGGAGCCAGGCUGAGCUGCAGCGGAUGCAGGCCUCGGUCAUCGCUACUCUGGAGGGGGAGCGAGCCACGCUGGAGAGAGAGAGAGAGACCCUCCGUAGCUCUGUGGACACCCUACGCACUGCCCAACGCAAGGGUGACCAAUUGGAGCUGACGACCCAAGCUCUGAGGGCGGAGCUAGAGCGCCAGGGGAGGAGUCUGGAAUCCUCACGGCGCAAUGAGGAGGAGCUAGAGGCGGAGCUUCGCGAGGUAGCACUAGAGGUGGAGUCUCUGACCCGGGGGCGGGACCAGGCUCUGCUGGAGGCCUUGCGAUUGGAGCAGGAGAAGGAGGCGUGCCAGGGUGAGCUGGACAGCCAACGAAAGGAGCAGAGGCAGAGGGAGAGGGAGGCGGCCAGGCUGAGGCAGCAGCUACAGAGUACAGCAUCAGCCCUGGAACACAGCAACCAGAGGGCCUGCAGUCUGGAGACAGAGCACAGGCAUGUGUGUCAGGAGCUGUCUCAAUCCAAGGAGCUCUGUGCUCAACUACAGGACCUGGAGCAGGAGCUCGGUACUCGGCUACAGGGUCUGGAGAAGGAGAGCCAGGAGCUUAAAGAGUUGAACACAGAAGCCCAGGAUAAAAUCAGAUCUCUGACUCAGGAGCUAGCCAAUGAGAAGGUGCAGUCUCAAAAACUGUCCAAUGAGGCUGCACGGCUGAAGCAGGAGUUGGAGAGGGCAGAGGCGGAACUGAAGACAGUUUCCGCUGACCUUCUUCUUUCAGAGAAGCGGGAGAGAGAUGCCGUCCCUGCUAAUAUCCCACCAGAAAGCCCUGCUAACACACAGCAGGCUACAUCCUCAGACACACUCACAUUAGAGCACCCAGAGGCUAAAGAUGCCCAAUCAAAGGAGGGCCACGACCUCCCUACGACCCCAAAAGCUGGAGUAGAGAAGACGGACUGGUCUCUGAGUGAACGACUGAUAGACCUGGAGAGAGAGAAUGCAGCGGUGGGCGCGGAGCGGGAGGUGUUGCUAUGCCAGCUGUCUCAGUCCCAGUCAGCCAGUAGCCACCUGAGGGAGCAGAUAGACACCCUGCACCAUCACUCUAUCAGCCUGCAGGAGACCUGCACCAAGCUGCAGACACUCAACACUCAGCUACAGGUGGACCAGGCGGCCCUGAGCUUCCAGCAUGCAGCAGUGUUGGCGAGGUGCAGCGAGAGCGAGGUCAGGUGUGCUGCUCUGGAGGCGGAGUCUAAGGUGUGGGCCAGGGAGCAUGAGGAGUCAUUGGCCAGGACGGAGGGGCUGAGGAGGGACCAGGAGCGAAUGACAAUGUUGCAGCAGAGGCAGGAGGUGGAGCUAGAGGAGCUGCUGGAUAGACACUCUGACCUGAGGAGCAACAACCGUAACCUGGAGACACAGUACAGGGAGCUGGAGGGAAGGUAUCAGGAGCUCCUGGGCCUCAAAUCCCAUCUGGAGGAGAAAGAAACAGAGAUGAAGAUGGAAAGAGAGAAGAUGGAGGGAGAGGUGCAGAAGAAAGCGGAGAGAGAAAGAGAACUAGAGAGACUGAAAGAGGAUUAUGAGAGGCUGCAGGGCGUGCAGAGGGAGUCAGCUCAGGUACAGAGUGAGCUGCUGGCUCAGGGCUCGAUGCUGCGGGGUGAGCUGAGUGCUGCCCAGCUGGAGAGGACCAGGCUGGAGGGAGAGAUCAACUCUCUGAGGGAGAACAACCAGAGACUGGAGCUCUGCACUGACCGCCUCACCAACCAGUACCAGCUGCUGACCCAGCUGAAGGGGAACAUGGAGGAGGAGAACCGUCACCUGUUGGAGCAGAACCAGAGUCUGACCAAUCACAACAGAGACCUGAUGGAGCAGAGCCUGGAGCGCAAGGACCAGCACCACUCCCAGCAGAGAGAAUACCAGGAGAAGAUGGGUGAACUGCGUAGAGAGAAACAGAAGCUGGUGGAGAAGAUCAUGGAUCAGUACAGAGUCCUGGACCCCAGCAUGCCUACACCCAUCAAGGCCAAGAAGUCCAACUGGAUAGCAGACAGGAUGAAGAAGCUGAUUAAGCCUAAAGGAGGAGGAGGGAGAGAGGGACGUGCUCUGUUCUACGCUGCUGGCAGUAUAGAGAACCUGGCUGACAGUGCAGACUACCCACCAGACACACAGACUGCUGCUGGUUCUGACCCCCGCAGUACCCCCGUCUCCCCCUCCCCCCUGCGACAUGCCACCUCUCUGGGUGACUCUGACCAGGCGGGAGGGCUGUGUGGGCUGCCGCUGCGUUCAGGUUUGGGGGGCCGCCGAAAGCUGGGCUCCCAUCGAAAGCUGGGCUCCCAGUCCUUCAGUCCCGGAGACCAGAAGACUUCACCCCUCCAGCGUCUCCAAUCUGCAGACAGAGUGAUUUGGGAAGGGCAGAGCAGCCCUACAGACACACCCAAAACCACACCCAUGACCUCAGCCAACAACAGCCAGGAGAAUGUGAUGAAGGAGGGAGGAAGAGGUGAGGAGGAUAAAGCCGUGAGUGGGGACAACAUUGAAGGACAUCUCAACUCAGACCCCUGCUGUCAGUCCAGUAAGGAUAAACCGGCAAACUAAAAGAGAAUUACUACCUUUCUGCUUCAACUGGAGUUAACAUGAUCCUUUGCACACAUCCGACCUCUGCAUACAGAUCUGAUCGAAAUCCAGAUAGGGACUCAAAUUAAAAGUGUCAAAUUCAAAUGUUUUGUCUGAUUUUUGUAAAAGGUGCCAGAAAAUACAGUAUUUUCCGAUUCCAUAGACUGUAAACAAAAUGUUUUUCUACCAGCUAGUACUGUAUUUGUAUAUAUCAUUGAAGAGAUGCCACUGUUCUUCUGGGGUGAUAAGCAGCAGUUUCUUCUCUGUGGCCAACAGGUGUCAGUGUAGAGCUAGUUAGACACCAAUACAGAUCAGAUGCGGGAGAAUCUUUGAAAUGAGAAACAUGGCCUGUAGGUCCAUCACGACUGUAGGGCCUCUCUGGUUCCCUGCAUCCCACACCAAGGAAGCAACACCUCAGCAUUUCAGCUGGGGAGGGUGGGGGGCGGAGGGAUUAAGGGGAGAGAAGACUGACACUAAAGGAUAAAAGCAGAGAGAGAGGCUCUCCACCGAAGUCCCGGUGAAUUACGAUUCAGAAAAAGACAAAUGGAAGGCUAAUACAAUUCAUGAAUUAUGUAGUUGUCAUGGCAACAUUAAUCAAAAUGAGGCCCCAGCCUCUGAACAUUUUGUUUAUGAAAUUGAGAUGCAUCCAGCGUGAGUGAGUGUGAGUGUGGAGGAUGAUAUUGGGCCUGCCACUCAGUCAGACAUCUCCAUCUAACACCUGCAGACAGACAGCAACCACAAGGUGAAAAAAGCAGUGACAUAACAACCCAGAACAAAGACAAUGAAACUCCUUCUCAUUCCUUACAUUCAAUAAAACUAAAUGCAUUGUACAUCUGUGCCAGUAGUCAUGAACAUGUACGUUUGAAGAGUAGGGGUGUAAAAAAGAGACAUUUCUGAUUCCUUUCAGCCAAUAGACUAGAAUAAAAGUCAAAUGACAUGUACGGUACACAGCCCAGUGGUCAUCUUAACUUGUCAGUAUGUGUCUGUAGUGGUGGUUCAACACAAUGCCUUCAGAAAGUAUUCACACCCCUUGACUUUUUCCACAUUUUGUUGUGUUACAGCGUGAAUUUUAGAUCACUGGCCUAUAAAAAAAUACCCCAUAAUGUCAGUGGAAAUACAAGGGCAAAAAAUUAAUUAGGCAGCCAGCAAUUGUGCAAGUUCUUCCACUUAAAAAGAUGAGAGAGGCCUGUAAUUUUCAUCGUAGGUACACUUCAACUAUGACAGACAAAAUGAGAAAAACAAAUCCAGAAAAUCACAUUGUAGGAUUUUUAAUGAAUGUAUUUGCAAAUUAUGUUGGAAAUUAAGUAUUUGGUCACCUACAAACAAGCAAGAUUUCUGGCUCUCACAGACCUGUAACUUCUUCGUUAAGAGGCUCCUCUGUCCUCCACUCGUUACCUGUAUUAAUGGCACCUGUUUGAACUUGUUAUCAGUAUAAAAGACACCUGUCCACAACCUCAAACAGUCACACUCCAAACUCCACUAUGGCCAAGACCAAAGAGCUGUCAAAGGACACCAGAAACAAAAUUGUAGACCUGCACCAGGCUGGGAAGACUGAAUCUGAAAUAGGUAAGCAGCUUGGUUUGAAGAAAUCAACUGUGGGAGCAAUUAUUAUGAAAUGGAAGACAUACAAGACCACUGAUAAUCUCCCUCGAUCUGGGGCUCCACGCAAGAUCUCAUCCCGUGGGGUCAAAAUGAUCACAAGAACGGUGAGCAAAAAUCCCAGAACCACACGGGGGGACCUAGUGAAUGACCUGCAGAGAGCUGGGACCAAAGUAACAAAGCCUACCAUCAGUAACACUACGCCGCCAGGGACUCAAAUCCUGCAGUGCCAGACAUGUCCCGCUGCUUAAGCCAGUACAUGUCCAGGCCCGUCUGAAGUUUGCUAGAGAGCAUUUGGAUGAUCCAGAAGAAGAUUGGGAGAAUGUCAUAUGGUCAGAUGAAACCAAAAUAUAACUUUUUGGUAAAAACUCAACUCGUCGUGUUUGCAGGACAAAGAAUGCUGAGUUGCAUCCAAAGAACAACAUACCUACUGUGAAGCAUGGGGGUGGAAACAUCAUGCUUUGGGGCUGUUUUUCUGCAAAGGGACCAGGACGACUGAUCCGUGUAAAGGAAAGAAUGAAUAGGGCCAUGUAUUGUGAGAUUUUGAGUGAAAGCCUCCUUCCAUCAGCAAGGGCAUUGAAGAUGAAACGCGGCUGGGUCUGUCAGCAUGACAAUGAUCCCAAACACACCGCCCGGGCAAUGAAGGAGUGGCUUCGUAAGAAGCAUUUCAAGGUCCUUUAAUGUCCUAGCCAGUCUCCAGAUCUCAACCCCAUUGAAAAUCUUUGGAGGGAGUUGAUCCGUGUUGCCCAGCAACAGCCCCAAAACAUCACUGCUCUAGAGGAGAUCUGCAUGGAGGAAUGGGCCAAAAUACCAGCAACAAUGUGUGAAAACCUUGUGAAGACUUACAGAAAACGUUUGACCUCUGUCAUUGCCAACAAAGGGUAUAUAACAAAGUAUUGAGAUAAACUUUUGUUAUUGACAAAAUACUUAUUUUCCACCAUAAUUUGCAAAUAAAUUCAUAAAAAAGUCCUACAAUGCGAUUUUCUGGAUUUUUUCUUCUCAUUUUGUCUGUCAUAGUUGAAGUGUACCUAUGAUGAAAAUUACAGGCCUCUCUCAUCUUUUUAAGUGGAAGAACUUGCACAAUUGGUGGCUGACUAAAUAAUUUUUUGCCCCACUGUAUGUUUGUCAUUUUUUAAACAAAUUCAUUAAAAAUAAAAAGCUGAAA